AUGACUUCUAAACUUGUUCUUCUUCUUCUGGUGCUUCUUGGUGCUCUUGUUUGGAACACCACCUAUGCUAGAAAGCUUCUAAGCUUAAAGGGUGGUUAUCUUGAAGAUGAAAAAAUAGGAAUUGGUUUUGGAGGUGGCGGUGGCGGUGGCGGUGGUGGAGACAUUGGCGGAGGUGCAGGUGGUGGGGCCGGUUUCGGAGGGGGAGCUGGUGCUGGGACUGGAAAUGGUGCGGGAGCCGGAGGUGGUGGUGGUGGUGGUGGAGGGUUUGGUGGGGGAGUUGGUGGUGGAGCUGGAGCUGGAUUUGGUGGAGGAGCUGGUGGUGGGAUUGGAGAUGGACUUCCUGGAACCGGAGGUGGACUUCCUGGUACUGGAGGUGGACUGCCAGCUGGAAUCGGAGGUGGGCUUCCUGGAAUCGGAGGACUACCAGCUGGAAUCGGUGGUGGACUGCCUGGAAUCGGAGCUGGGCUUCCUGGAACCGGUGGUGGGCUGCCUGGAAUAUUUGGAGGUGGGCUUCCUGGAAUUGGUGGUGGGCUGCCUGGAAUCGGAGGUUGA